AUGGAGAGAUUGGAGAGAAGUGCUCCAAGAAGAUCAAAAGCAAAGGCAAAUCAUCGAUUCACAACAACGGUGCAAAGACACAUUUAUGGUCAUGCAACUAAUGUUGCAAUACGUCCUUUGGAUGAGGAGAAGGCUGUCCAAGCUGCUGCUGAUCUUAUUGGGGAACUAUUUGUGUUCACUGUUGCUGCAGCUGCUGUUACUUUUGAAGUACAAAGAAGUUCUAGAUCAGAGGCAAGAAAGGAGGAGAUGCGAAUACGGGAAUUACAGGAGAUGAAGCAAAAAGAUGAAGAAAUAGCAAGGGAAGUUGAACUUCUUAAACAGAAACUGGAAGAGCUGGAACAACUUGUCAAAGAACGAGGGCUUGCUGGCUUUUUCAACUUCAGGCAUGGCCAUGUGUUAAAAGAUGAGAAGUAAAUCCAACAUGAUUGCAAGAAUCAGCUGCAAUUAGAAGUUACAGGGUAAGAACUAACUUAACUUUAUUAGAAGUUACAGAGUGAGAACUAAUUUAGCUUACUUUGCAAUGCUGCCAGUCCCUGCCGAUAUUAUAUUUGUACUUACCAUGUUUACUUUCUCGUGCUCUGAAUCACUUUUCCUUCAUCACUUGGAUUUGCAAAUAAAAUAUGAUACUAAACUAUGGAGAAGCAAGUGUGCACUUCAGAACUUUGUGCAAAUGAUUCAAUUAACUCAUGUGACAAUACAUCAACAGCUCAUACGAACUAUAGUUGAGAUUUCAACAAAAAGCCUAUAAACUUGAGAAAGAUUAUUCACUUUUUUUUUUUUCUU